CCCUCCGCCUCUCCUCCAACUCGUACUUACACAGAAGCAUAUGUCUCAGCGGCCCAGCGUUCCACACUCCUCUUCCGUAGCCUUCGCCCUCCACUCCCAUCUCCUGGUCUCCAGUGAGAUGAACUCCAACUCCAACUGGUUAUCGCUGUAAUUUUAGCGAUCCAAAGGAGCCUACUUUCCGAUCCUUUCUGCCUGGAGUUGGGAUUUUGUCCGCCCCCUUGGCCUAAAGGAUCCACCUUGAGCAUUAUUUUUAGUUGAUUUAUUCUUUUUAUUCUGCGAACGAGAGAUGGGCGUGAAAGGAUUCGUGGAAGGAGGCAUCGCCUCGAUCGUGGCCGGCUGUUCCACCCACCCCCUCGACCUUAUCAAGGUCCGCAUGCAGCUCCAAGGCGAGGCCCUCAGCCCCGCGGUCUCCUCCCUCCGCCCAGCCGUCGCCCUCCAGGGUGCUUCUGGCUUGGCCACCAUUCAUCAUCACCAGCCGUCCCUUCCCCUGCCGCGCCGCCCUGGACCGAUUGCGGUGGGCGCACAGAUCCUCCGCGCGGAGGGCCCUGCUGGGCUAUUCUCUGGGGUCUCUGCUACUGUUCUCCGCCAGACCCUCUACUCCACCACCCGCAUGGGCCUUUACGACAUGCUGAAGAAGCGCUGGUCCGCGUCCGGCGACGGUGCGUCCCUCCCGCUUCAUCGCAAGAUCGCCGCCGGCCUCAUCGCCGGUGGGAUCGGGGCGGCGGUCGGGAACCCCGCCGACGUGGCCAUGGUCCGGAUGCAAGCCGACGGGCGGCUUCCCCCCGCUGAGCGCCGGAACUACCGGAGCGUGCUCGACGCCAUCGGGCGAAUGGCCCGCCAGGAAGGGGUCGGGAGCCUGUGGCGUGGGUCGUCGCUGACGGUGAACCGGGCGAUGAUCGUCACGGCGUCGCAGCUGGCGACGUACGACCAGGCGAAGGAGGCGAUCCUGCGGCAGCGCGGGGCGGGGGCAGACGGGCUGGGGACGCACGUGGCGGCGAGCUUCGCAGCGGGGCUCGUUGCGGCAGUGGCGUCGAACCCGGUGGACGUGGUGAAGACGCGUGUGAUGAACAUGAAGGUGGUGAAGGGGGCGGCGCCGCCGUACGCCGGGGCGCUGGACUGCGCUCUGAAGACGGUGAAGGCGGAGGGUCCGAUGGCGCUGUACAAGGGCUUCGUGCCCACCGUGUCCCGCCAAGGCCCCUUCACCGUCGUCCUCUUCGUGACGCUCGAGCAGGUGCGCAAGAUGCUCAAGGACUUCUAACGGACGGCUGACACGCCUCGCCUUCUACUACGAACGGCUAUGAUGACGACAACAAUAAGAAUACAGAUUCUUCUUAAUGUUUACAGACGACAGUUCGUCUGAUGCUUUAAAUUUUGUUUCAGUAUUAUGCUUCUUCUUUUCUUUAUAGUUUUCAGUCCACAAAUGCUAUGUUGCCUCAACAUUUUCGUAUAAUGUUAGCGUUUCUUAUGCACCCCUAAUAAAUAUAUUAUCUGAAUUAAGCCUAA